AUGUCUAUUCCACAGGACACUCUGGGACAAAAUUGGCCAUCUGAUGGCUGGCCCUCUUGGGAAACAACCAUCCCAGAAAUGGGGGUUUGUGUUGAGGAAAUAUGCUUGGGAGCUAUCAUUGGUGUCACGGCCAAGUCGGAUGGUGAUGGUGCAUUGAAUCGUCUUUUGGCCGACCACAGCGCAUCUUUUCUAUCUUGUUCAAUUGUUCGGGAGGGAGAUUUUUUCGUUCUUGUGCAUGAAGAAAAAAAAGUCGCUCGUCUCAAUAAGGAGCUAUGCACUGGUCUUUCAAAAGCGAUCAGAAAUCAACAGACUCGGCUACAGGCAUAUAUUGCUAGGGGAGAUGCGAUAUUAGCAAUGCAGGAAACGAAGAGUAAAAGGCUACUACCAAUUGAAAUCAACGUUUACGCCUCCUUAGAUGACGCGGACGAUGUGGGAGCUAAAUUGAGCAAGUCUCAUAUCUUCUUACAGCCGCUUCGCUAUGAGCUUAACGAGAGGAGAUACAUGAAUCCGCAUGUCCUACGAUUUGAGGGACAACCGAAUGACGACACAGUCCAUGAUUAUACUCUAUCUGACGCGGAAGAAAUACAUUCAAUUCACUCAUCGAGCGAUGAAAGCCUCUCUAGUGAUGGUGAUGAAAUUGACGUGGAUGACAUGUUUGGUGUUCAACUGCAACAUAUAUUUCAAGCCAACUUUCCUGUCGACCGUCGUAUUAAGAGCAGCCUCUUACAACAUCAAAAAGAGGCAAUCGGGUUUAUUUCCCAACGUGAGAAUGGGCAAAUAUUGGAACACAGUCUUUGGAACUAUAACGAUACGGAUGAAGAUGAGCCAUUUUACCAGCAUUUUUUCAAUGGCGAGAGGCGCGCAAAGCCGCAAGAAGCCAGCGGUGGAAUCCUGGCUGAUGAGAUGGGACUGGGGAAGUCCCUGGUAACACUGUCAAUCAUCGCUGGUUCUCUCGAUGUAGCAGAGAGAUUUGCAGGACGACCGGAGCAAUCUGACCUUUCCAAGAAGAAAAGCCCAACUCAGGCGACACUUAUAGUGGUUCCAUCAACGCUGUUGAUUGAUAACUGGGUCAACGAGAUCCGCAGGCACACAUUCCCCGGCAGUCUAUCUUUCCACAAACAUAUCGGAUCGGAAAGACACGCAGAAAGGGAGUUGCUACAGAAAAGCGCUAUCGUUUUCACUACUUAUGCAACACUUACCAGUGAAUACUGCCGAGGACAAAAUACUUUAUCAAAAAUCGACUGGUUCAGAAUCGUACUCGAUGAAGCUCAUUACAUCCGCAAUCGCGCUACCAAGCAGUUCCAAGCCGUUGUCAAUCUAUCAGCCCAGCACCGCUGGUGUCUUACUGGAACGCCCAUUCAAAACUCAAUUGAUGACUUGGGGGCGCUGGUCGCCUUUCUCAGGGUUCCGAUUCUUGAUCGCGUCCCGGCGUUUCGCAAGUUCAUCUCGACCCCCAUAUCCUCAGGCAAGAGAGAUCGUUUCCAUAAUCUACAAACACUUGUGCACGCCAUCUGUAUUCGAAGGACAAGAGAUGUGUUAAAUCUACCAGAGCCUACUACAGAAACCCGGAAGCUUCCGAUGUCACUCGUGGAGAAAACGCAGUAUAGAGACCUACUUCAUGAAUGCAUGACAAAGAUUGAUAUGACGGUCAGUGGAAGACGAAAUGGGAAGGUUAACUCUACAGUCCUGGAGUCUCUUCUCUCAUUACGCCUCUUCUGCAACAAUGGGAAAGCCGCGGCUGGUAUCCCAGUAGACUCGGAUGAAGCCCUCUCCUACCUGGAACAGCUGGAUAAGAAUGUUUGCAGCUAUUGCUCCAGCACAAUCUUCUGGCUCAGCGACACACCUGAUACAGAUGGAGGCAUAUUUCUCUCCGGCUGCCGUCAUUUGUCUGGUGUUCCAAUUUCUUUGCUCGAGAAAUCAAAAAAUCAUCACACGCUGAUUGAAAUUAGAGCAACGCCUCUGAUGAAACAAUAUCCGACAAAACUUCUGGCUCUUCUAUCUGAGAUUUCCCAAAAUCGUCAUCGGAAAUGUGUUGUCUUCUCAAGUUGGAAAAAGACUCUCUUGAUUGUUGCUGAGCUUUUCUCCAGCAAGGGAAUCAAAUACAGCAUGAUAGAAGGAUCUCUUUCUUUGUCAAAACGCCUGCAAGAAUUACAAAAAUAUCAAAAUCAAAUGGAAACAAACGUUCUCCUAAUGACACUUGGGACGGGUGCUGUUGGUCUGAAUCUUACAACUUCAUCACGUAUCUACCUUCUUGAGCCACAGUGGAACCCAUCAAUUGAAGCUCAAGCAAUUGGCCGAGCCCUUCGACUUGGUCAAGUCUCGAAUGUGACCAUUGUUCGGUACAUUAUGGAAGGCACCGUUGAGGAGUAA